AUGGCUACUCGGUUGCUGAAAGGUCGCAUGAAAGCUCCCACUAGGCGAGGAACUGAAAGCGACUCCUCAAAGAAACGAGAUGGCCCUUCUCGUCGAGACCGACCUUCUCAGCUAUCUAAUAUUUAUCGCGACGCUCUAAGUGAGAGCAAUGUGAUGGUGCCGACUUCUCAGCCUGUGCUGGUGCAGCGCUCGCAGUCCCUGGACCACGGCACCAACCCCACGAAUAGCCAUAUGUACCGCGAGCAGCCAUACCAACCCUCCUAUUCACCUCGUGCCACUACCUAUGACCGCUCUAGCAGUUACAGCGGCGUUCAAGUCGCGGCAAAAGUAGGCCCAGCGACACCUCCUCCUUAUGAGAGAUCAAACAACGCCCUUGCAGAUCUCACCAACUGGCAGGCUGGUCCUGCGAAUGGGCAGCCCCGCCAGGGUUAUGAGUAUGGGACGCCAUAUAACGACCAAGGCCCAAACCUGUUCGGCCCGCCUGUGGGCCAGUAUAUCCAACCAAAUCAUGUCUAUCUUGAUAAUAACGUCGAGAAGGAAUUUUAUCGGCAUGACAACGGGGGGGAUAGUUAUGCCCGUCCCGUCGAACUUGGGCACGACUAUCCGAACGACCGCUAUGAUUGUCCCAGUGGAGGGAAUCCCCUUCGCGACCUACAGGAUGAGAAACGAGAUUGGAGAUCCACAAGCAUUAGCGCAGAUUGCCAUGCAGAAUCCUCAGCAACUGGUGGGAUUCCGUCUCCCAACAGCUCUUUCAGACCGGCUACCACCAAGGACUCCAUGACAGGCAUAAACGCCCACCGAUCAUUGUCGCAGUCUGUAAAUGCUGACAUUGGAGGAUAUAAACAUGACUACGAUCAGGCCACGGAUCUAAACCUCCGGGCGUCAUAUCAAAGGUUUAAUGUAAGCCCAACCACUCUCCAAAUCUUGCACGUUUGCUUACGGCGUCGACAGGAGAAUCUUGCCUACGAGCGGGAGGUCGAUGUAUGGCAAGAUAACCCAUCUAUUCAGCGGCCCAUCCGGCUAAACUUUAGGACCUUAUUAUUCGAUACUCAAUGCCGAGAAUCCAACUGGGUUUCGAUUAAAAUAGUUCAAGAGCUCAGGGCCGAAGUUCGCAAUUUACCUACUAGUGCAACGUUUCUCGGGUUCAACGGCCAGGUAAUGGCCGCAACCCAGGAAGCUUCGCUCUCCUUCAAAAACAGCCAGGGCGGGUCCACUUACACGGCUAAAUUUCUCGUUUCUGCAGAUGAGGCAGUACCUUUCGAUAUGGUCCUUGGGGCAGAUGACUGCAGAAAAUUCAACAUCAUAUCUGCGCCAACGUUCUUGGCACUUGUUCCUUUGAAACGGACGAAGGCGGAGAAAGCGGCGCUGCCGAAACUAAUAGCGGAGCAGGAAGCUAUAGCAAAGGAGCACGAACGCCGAAGAAAGCAGCAGGAAAAUAUAAGGGCAGCUCGAAGCAGAGGGCUAUAUCGCGAUGCUCAAAGUAGUAAGGGCAGCGGAUAUUUAUGA